UGAAUGAGUUCUGGUUAAUAUUUAGCUAGCGAGGUUGUUUUUAAGGUAAGGAGUUACGGUUACCGUGAGCUCUAGUGAUGGAACAUUCGGUGCCAGGAACAGAUUAUUUACAGUGAAAUAUGUACAGUGCAAUAUCUUGUACGAAAUCUCUGUCAUACUCACUCAAGUUUGUGGUUAUGGCUACGGCACCCGGGGAGGCACAUCCCUUAUCUUCAAACAAAACCGCGAAACGCAUUCACCUCUUCCGUCAAUCUGUGCGGAUCGCCACUCAGUGCAGCUUCAUCUGGGAGAACACCGGAGGUACGCGAGUGCGCUAGAGAAGAGAGGGAGAGAGGAAAUUUGCACAGGCGAGAGACAACGAGGACGUGUGACAAGAAUUCGUUUCGCAUUUAACUUUAAGCGUGAACCCAAAUGCGUCGUUCGGCGCUUGGAUGAACCGAUUUCUUUUUAUUAUUAAGUUCAACAUCUGGAUCCACUGACCAGCACGGAGCAGUCAUGUCCCGAAGAAAGCAGAGCAACCCAAGGCAAAUCAAACGACGGCUGGAUGACGGACUGGAAGAGGACAAUGACUGCAUUUCAGAGGAGAAAGAGCCCCCGCACAAUGAGGACUUCUCUAUGGAGGAGAACCUCUCAGCAGACUUUGACACUGAAAACAGCAAAGACGUGGAGUCUCCUUGCAACAAAGGUGAAGAGGAUGGCUCUCAAGAGGAACAGGAGCUGGACGGUGAGGGACAGAGUGUGAAAUUCAGACCCCCUCCACUCGAACCCGAGGUCUGGGAUGGACCGAGAGAGCUUGAAGUCGUCCAUAAAGACAGAGAUCGGCGGGUUCAGUCUCGGCAGCCGCUUGCAGUGGGCACGACCUGGGGGCCCUUUGAGGGGAAGAUCGAGACGGGCAAGGACCAAAGCAUAGACCCGCGGACGCAGUGCGCGGCUCCACUGGUGAUGAGCGCAGGGCCCAGGUGGCUGCUGGAUGUGACUUGGCUCGGAGCAGAGGACAGCAAGAACAACUGUGUCGUCUACAGCAAAGGUGGGCAGCUUUGGUGCACCACAACAAAAAACAUAGCAGAGGGUGAAGAGUUGGUGGCCUUUGCAGUGGAUUUUGACGCACGGCUCCAAGCAGGCGGUCACAUGUCUUCUUUGACUGAAGGAAUGUAUCCAGCACGGCUACUGGACACAAUACCACUCCUCCCCCAGCAAGCUGCCAUGGCGUCCAUACUGCCCACUGCUAUUGUCAAUAAGGACAUCUUCCCCUGCAAGACAUGUGGGAUCUGGUACCGGAGCGAGAGGAACUUGCAGGCGCACCUGAUGUACUACUGCAGUGGACGGCAGAUGCACCCACAGACCGCGGUGGAAAAGAGUGACACCAGCCAGCUACAGACAGCCAACAUCUGCCCCUUCCCCCAUUGCAGCAAGAGCUUCUCAGGGCCACAAGCUCUGGAAAUGCACUUGAACACACACAGUGGUGUCAAAAUGGAAGAGACUCUCCCCCCUGGGACCAGGUUGAAAUGCACAAUCUGCACGUACACGGCAGAUUCUAUUAUUGCAUUCCAGCACCACAUCCUGUCUCACCUGUCACGGACGGCCUUCAGAUGCAACCACUGCCAUUUCAGCUUCCAGAGCCAGAUGGAGCUCGUGCAGCAUCAGGAUCUACACAAGCAGGGUGGCGGCGCGUUUCACAGAGACAGAGACGGCAAGCAGUCCCCCAGGCAAAGUGACGAAAACCCACCGCAUGGCAAAGAUGUGCUCCAGAGUCCCAAGAGUGCGCAGAACAAGGAGGUCAACUCCACCACCAAGGAGGACAGGGCGGAGCAGAUGACCAAGCUCUCUGCCCUGAAGGGAGAUGGCAACCCGGGAGGCAAAGCCAGCUUCUCGUACCCCAGGAUCAAGUCUGAGCCGUCCAGCCCACGGCUUGCCUCCUCACCGGUCCAGCACAAUGUGGGCCCUACAUUUCCUAUAGGACCCUUCCUGUCCCAGUUCCCUUUUCCACAGGACCUUCCUGUAGUCCCACAAGCAUCGGAAAUAUUAGCGAAAAUGUCCGAACUGGUGCACCGCCGAUUACAAAAUGGAAUGAACAUCUACCCUCCUCUGGUCUACAGCCCUCUCAUGCCGAAGGGAGCGACAUGUUUUGAAUGCAAUAUCACAUUUAAUAACCUGGACAACUACUUUGUCCACAAAAAGCACUACUGCAAUAGCCGUUGGCAGGACUUGGCCAAGUCUCCCGACUGCUCUGGUGGUUUGGACAAGGUGACGGAGACCGUAAGCCCAAACAGCAGGCACAGUUCGGCAGCCUUCCUGAAUGGUGGCCACCUCACUGAGGGUGACAAUCACCUUAUGCAGUCUGCAUGUUUGAAUCUGAUCAAUGGGAGUGGCAAAGUGCCUGAUAAGGAACUCUCAGGACAGGUCAAAAAAGCCUUCACACCCACUGGCACAGAGGAGAGGCCGAACAGUGUGCAAGUAAACGCGAACAGUCCUAACACUUCCCAAACGGAAAACGAUAGCUAUCCAAGCAAAACAACCUGUGAAGCUUGCAAGAUAACUUUCAGUCGGUACGACAACUAUAUAGUCCACAAACAGUAUUACUGUGCCACUCGCCAUGAUCCCCCUAUGAAGCGCACAGCUGCAAAUAAAGUGUCCAUGCAGAGGAUGAUGCGAACGCGCAAACGCAGGAAGCUGUACGAGAUGUACGUCCCCAGUCAAGAGCAGGGACCACCCCAGAUUGGGCCAUUGGGGUUCCUUGGAGUUCCCACUUUGGGAAGUCCCUGCACCACACAAGAGGCAGUUGACAAUCCAGGCAACCGAUUUCACCCACAAUGCACCAUCUUCCCAGGCAUGGUUCCAAAACAUGUGGAACCUUCUCUCACGGUUUCGAAAUCAGCCCUCAUGUCCAAGUGUAAUACAAUUGAUCAACAAGAGCUAGAUGCCCCCAUUGAUCUCAGUAAAAAAUGUUCCCCAAAUUCUGACAAAACCUGUCAGUCUCCCACAAGGCUCUUGGACUAUCAUGAAUGCACAGUCUGCAAGAUUGGUUUUAACAAAGUGGAGGACUACCUUGCCCACAAACAGAACUUUUGUCCAGUUACUGCUCCCCACCCUGAAGGUGGUGGCCUGGCACAGACGGUGUUUCCAGAUAUGAAAUUUGAAUGCAAUAAUCCUAAUGAUGCCUACGAUAAUGGUCCUGUGAAGUGUGACAAAAAUGCAAGUUCCAAGGCAAUUGUAAAAAAUGGUUGCCUUUUUCCCUCUCAUUCAGGGACCGUGUCUGGACUCAAGCCCGCUGACGAGACUCAGCCUUUUCCUCUUAAAGAGGAGAACAAGACUUUACCCCAUUGCUUUUAUCCCCAAGUACUAAAGAAGCUGAAAGGAUCUGAGGAAAUUUUGCCAUAUUAUGGUAUUAAACCCUCUGAUUAUGUUAAUGGGAGUCUGGUUGGGCAGGGUGCACAGGAUGAGCAGAAACAGAGUCCAAGUGAAGCCACAGAAGAGGGAAAAGACCAGCCAACACCCAACGGCUGCCCUCAUCCUGGGAAAGAGCUUCUACCCCUGCUGCCCAAUAACAGAGGCAUGAUGGGAAGCAUAAAUGGUGGCCACAAGCCUGAGGAGAGGGCCUUGGGCCCAGUUAUUUCACGGCAGGAGAGCCUACAGUGCAACUCCCAGUCACCAGACGGUCGACCAUUACCCGCAGGGGGGACUGAGAACCCCUCUGACUCUAACGAGAACAUUUCUCCCUCCCCAAAAUCACAGACUGAGGAAGCAGUGCCCGCUGUAGCAAUAGGCACAAACGGACCGGCGCCAGCUGUCAGCGGAAGCAAAUACUGCCGCUUGUGUGAUAUUCAGUUUAGCAGCCUGUCAAACUUUAUCACUCACAAGAAGUUUUACUGCUUGUCUCACGCGGCAGAACACGUGAAAUGAAGUUUUUGCCCUCUGCCUCAGUGCAUCUCACUGUUUUAUAUGCUGCUUGUGGACAAUCAAUUUUCAUUCAUUUAAAGAC